GCAUCAUACAACAUAGCAAACAGUAACAGCCAAUACACCAUCAAUCGCCUCUAUCGCAGACAAAACAUAGACAAACAUCGAUUCUUCCGAAACAAGACAUUCUACCACACAAGCAGCGACAAUGGCCUCCAACCCUUUCAACUCGGCCGAGAACACCAACACUGGCGCAAAGUCAGAGAAGAUGAACGUCCACCGUCAGAUGUUCGAGAACAAGCUGCGUGAGAACGAGGGCCAACCCAGCAACGCAUACGUAUCACCCUCAGACGCAAUCAUGAGCCCGGCCAGUCAAAAGCUCUCGGGCUUCAAGCAAAGACAGAUGAACAAGUCAAACCCCGUCAAGCCUCGCACACUUUUCGCAAAGACCGCCGCCUCGAAACCCGAAGAGGAGAACACCGAGAACAAGAGCGAGAGCGCUUAAACACACCGAGCGUCGAUCGCGCUCUUUGAACAUCGCGGUACAGCGCCAUUCUCGCAUGACUCCUCUGCCUUCCUAACCAAGAGGCCCAAGAGACACAUCUUUUUCGUAUCACCAGCGCCCACGGACUCUUCCAUCGUCUAGGCACACACUUUUCUUCUUCUCUUAUGUCACAAAUGUCUUUUUUUU